AUGUCUCUUCAUCGCAAGUUACGAAUUCAUCAAAUCUUUGGUGGUGGUACGGGAAUCGGGAAAACAGUCAUCUCGACCGCGUUAUCCAAAGCUUCGAGCCGGCUUGGCGAACAGACAAGUUACUUGAAGCCGAUUGGGACUGGGAGCGACAGUGAUGACAAACAUGUCUUGAAAUUUACCAGCUCAGAUGUAUCAACCAAAUGCUUGUAUACAUUUUCCGAGCCGGUAAGUCCGCACCUGGCCGCCGAGCGAACGAGGAAACAAGCGACUGAUACAAGCUCUCUACCGGUAACGCCUACCGAUCACGACUUGAUCACUAACAUUUAUAAACACAUCAAUGCGACUGCCCGCGCAUUGGAGGAGAAUCGGACAGGAUCACUUUACGUCGAAACUGCCGGCGGUGUGCAUUCCCCUACUCUGGCCGGGAAUUCGCAGCUCGAAGCAUUUAGACCUUUACGAUUGCCUACCAUAUUAGUCGGUUCACCCCUUCUCGGGGGGAUUUCUUCGACGAUUUCUGCGUACGAAUCGCUGAAAAUACAUGGAUACGAUAUCGACCUACUCGUGAUUCUCAAGGAAGAGUACUAUGAGAAUUACGCAUAUCUUAAACGUUGGGCGACCGAGCGCGACCUCGACUUUGCUGCCGUUGAUUCUCCACCCGAAUUGAUCACAAACGACGCGACGAAGGAGUUCGAGCAGAUGAACGAGUUCUACGAACGGAUCACUCAGCCUCAGUCGUCCGUUUCCAACGCAGUACAGACUCUCCAAGCUCGCCACCUUCGCCGCGUUGACGAGCUAGAAAGCAUGCCCGAGAGAGCCCUAAACCAAAUUUGGUGGCCCUUUUUGCAACACAAUUCGCUUACCACGCCGAGCCAGGUGACGGUGAUUGACAGUGCUUACAAGGAUUGCAUGCUUACCUAUCAGGCCGGUACCGACCUUGGAUCCACGAAGGUGACAACGAACGAGACUCAGAAAGAAUCUCCGCAGAUCAACUCCCUAGUCCAACAAAAAUUCGACGGCUCUGCUUCUUGGUGGACUCAAUCCUUGGGUCACGCUAAUCCAGAGAUCACUCUUAGUGCAGCCCACGCAGCCGGCCGAUUCGGACACGUGAUAUUUCCAGGUUGUAUCCAUGAACCAGCCCUGAAUCUUACCGAACACAUGCUCAGGACCGUCGGAGCCGGCUGGGCAAAUCGAGCCUUCUUCAGCGAUAAUGGUAGCACCGGUGUGGAGGUGGCCCUCAAGAUGGGUCUCACGAGUUACAGACGAAGACAUAAGCUCCCCUCGGGCGUACACUUCGAUCUCGGCGUCAUCGGUCUCAAAGGAAGCUAUCAUGGUGAUACGAUCGGCGCAAUGGAUGCCAGCGAACAUUCCGUUUUUAAUGCUCAGGUCGAUUGGUAUAAAGGAAAAGGCUUGUGGUUAGACGCUCCACAAAUCUAUCUCGUCGAUGGUCAUCAAGCCCUAAUUUUCACCAAUCCAGGUGAUCAAUGGGGGCCAACAGGAUGGAAGGUCCCCUACGCCAGCCUCCAAAAGAUUUACGAUGUCGACAAAAGAUUAAAAGAAGACCCACUGGCUGAUGUAUACACCAAUCACAUUUACACUUUCUUGCGCAAAUCCCGAUACGAGUCUUCGAUUAUUCCGGCUUCUUUGAUCAUCGAACCCGUGGUCAUGGGUGCCGGUGGGAUGAUCUUUGUCGAUCCUCUCUUUCAAAACGUGUUGAUCAGUGUCGUCAAAAACAACCCACAACUGUUUGGACAGUACAAGAAUGCCAUCGCCUGGACGCCCAAUCUUGAGCCACCCAUGGACGCAAACGAUCGUGCAUGGAGAGGUUUGCCGGUCAUCUUCGAUGAAGUCUUCAGUGGAUUGUAUCGGCUUGGAAAACCUAGUGCAGCCGCCUUCCUCGGUCGGGACGUCCACCCGGAUAUUGCGGUCUACAGCAAAAUGCUUUCGGCUGGCACUAUUCCACUCAGCGUGACCUUGGCCAGAAAGGAUAUCUUUGAUACGUUCCGGGGAGACGGGGCCGUUGAUGCCUUGCUGCAUGGGCACAGCUAUACCGCCCAUCCAAUCGGGUGUUCAGUCGCUCACACCGGCUUGAGGAUGUAUGAAGCAAUGGAUAACAACGGGAGCUGGGAUUCUGCCAAACAAAGUUGGCGGACUGGAGUCGAUUCGCCCGCAGAGACUGAGAUCUGGAGUUUGUGGGACCAGUCUUUUGUUCACCAGGUUACCCAAUCCUCCGAAGUCGAUGGGGUGAUGACCCUUGGGACUGUCCUGGCAAUCUACUUGAAGGAUCAAACCGACUCCAAAGGUUACACAUCUUGCGCUGCCAAGAAUUUCCUAAGUCGACUCCAGUCAUCUCAGCUCAGCGGAGAUCAGCAUAUUCCGUUCGGAUUGCAUGCGAGACCAUUAGGAAACGUGGCAUAUUUCAUCUCCAGUCUCAACACGCCUUCCGAUACCCUGAAAGCAAUUCAAUCGGCUAUCGUCAAGUCCCUCGAUCAGACCAGUGACAAAGCAUAG